AUGGCCGGCGAGGAGCUAGCGCGCGAGCUGCAGCGCCGCCUGCGGCUCGAGGACCCCUCGGAGCCCCGCGCAGCCUCGGGCCCCGCGCCCCCGGCCGGCGUCGACGCCGAGCUGAGCGAGCAACUGAGCCGCCGCCUGCGCAUCGCCGAGGGUGCGGCGCCCGCCCGCCGCAGCCGGGUCUUCAACCCCUACACCGAGCUCCCCGGGCUCAGCCGCCGCCGCCUCAGGGACCUGGAGAGCGCGUUCCGGCGAUACGAUGCUGGGCGUGAUGGCUUCAUCGACCUCAUGGAGCUGAAGCUGAUGAUGGAGAAGCUGGGGGCCCCCCAGACCCACCUGGGCCUGAAGAGCAUGAUCAAGGAGGUGGACGAGGACUUCGAUGGCAAGCUCAGCUUCCGGGAGUUCCUGCUCAUCUUCCACAAGGCGGCGGCCGGGCAGCUGCGGGACGACAGCGGGUUGACGGCGCUGGCGCAGCUCUCGGAGAUCAGCGUGGCCUCGGAGGGCGUCCGAGGUGCCAAGGACUUCUUCGAAGCCAAGGCCCAGGCCCUGUCAUCCGCCAGCAAGUUCGAGGCCGAGCUAAAGGCCGAGCAGGAGGCGCGGAGGCGGGAGGAGGAGGAGAGGAGCCUGCGCCGGGCGGCCUUCGGGGAGCUCAAGGCCGCCUUCAGCGCCUAGCGCCCUGCCUCAGCCCCAGCUGCGCCUCAGCCUCCGGCCCAUCCCAGUCCCCGCACCCCACCUUCCCUCACGGUGGCCAGGGCUGUUGUACCCUCACUCCCCUCUCACUGGCCCACGUCAGCGACUCGUCUUUUUGUCCCGACGUUCUCUCCUGUGGCCCCCAGGGGACACACUGCCCUGCCCGCUUUCUCCUCUGUCCUUUCCCAUUCACUCUUAGAUUCUCUUGGCUGCUUUUGCAGUGGGGUGCUGGGAUUCCAGGGGGAGGACAACGACCCUCCCUUCUCCCGCGGGGAGCGCACCCAAGUCCCCUGUCUUGCUCCUGGACCUUAGCGCCCACAAGCCCAUCCUGUCCACUCCUCACCAUCCGGGUCUUUUUCCUCUCCUGACUUCGUGCUACUCAACUACAAGAAUGAAAGGCAGGGGCCGGGGAUUUAGCUCAGUGGUUUUGCCGCCUGCUGCGCAAGCGCAAGGACCUGAGUUCGAUCCCCGGUACCAAAACAACAACAACAACAACAAAAAACAAUGAAAGUCAUCAGCCAUAACACCGAGGAGAAGGUCCCGAGAAGGUCCCGCUACCUCUGACUGUGGAGGUCAGGAUUCUCCCACUGCACACAUCAGGGCCUGUCAGAGUCCUGAAGUCACAACCUCCAAAUCCUCCAGUCAGUGUCAGCUCCUAGGUGUUGAGGUAGGGAUGUUCCCAGCACAGGAGACACUUUUAUAUCCUAUGAAUUUGGGGGAUUGCUCAGAGAUACCACCGGUUUAUUGUAUUUUUAAAUUUCCCAAUGUCAUAUUUAUUGCUUCUCUUUGGUAACUACUGACUUUGCAAUAAAGAAGCCAUCUGCCUUUUUGCCUUA